CGCAGCUUCGAACGUAUCGCUUUAAAGCAACAGAUUAACGGAUCAGUUUCGUAAAUACCACGCGUAAACCAGACAGAAAGGAAAAGACUGCGAUCAAAUUCGUACGUACUAGCGGCAUCGCGCCGUUUUAUCAGUGAUAAAUCGAUCGUAUUGCUAUGAACAGAGCUGUCCAAAUAUUUCUGUCAGCCUUUUAUCAUACAAUGCUGAACGCGCAUGUCGACGAUUGUUCAUAUAUAGUUGAAUAGCUUCCGAACUAUUUGACGUAUCGAUGUUAAAACAAGAAUGCACGAAAAAGGGGAACGACGAUCGAUGUCGAAUAUACCCUUAAACACCUGUCGUUUAAACUCGUAGCCGUAAGUCUCGCGUUAUCGUUUCUAUCGUAUGCGAAUCUCAAGCGAAAUCGAAACAGCAAAGGCAAAGCGUAUUUCAUCGUCGCGUCGCGCAACGAAUACGACGUUGGCCGCUCGCCGAUGUCGUCUCACGAGACCCGAGACGUUUUAUUUGCGGCUACGGUACUAUGAGGUGUAUUCAGAACCAACCUCUCGAUAAUAGCUUUUGUCGAUUAUCUUGAUAUCUGACGUUAUAUAGUUGUGUAGUAGCGCGCAGCUGCGCAGACGAUCGCGAUCGCGAUUGCGAAUCGAAGUUGGUGUCGAAAUUGGUGACGGGGCAUUCGUAAUACGGUUUCGACCGCAAAUAUUUUACUGAUAUUUUCGUACGAUCACCAUGACGGAAGCUAAAGAGCGGACAUCCAAGACGAAGAGGGUUUCACUGGGAGUUGGCGGUGCCUUGGUGGAGCUAACGCAGGAUCCUGAACGGGGUAGCUGGGCCAAUCCCAUCGAGUUUGUUCUAUCCUGCAUCGGGUAUGCCGUUGGCAUUGGCAAUGUUUGGCGUUUCCCUUACCUUGUAUAUCGUAAUGGCGGUGGUGCUUUUUUAAUUCCAUUCGUUUUAAUGCUGAUAACCAUGGGAUUGCCGAUAUUUUUUUUGGAACUCGCGAUUGGACAAUAUUCAGGACUUGGCCCUAACGAAGCGUUCACACGUAUGGCGCCGGCAUUCGAGGGUCUCGGUUAUUGCACCCUCGUCGUCAUUUUGCUUGUAAUGGUCUACUACAUGGUGAUCGUUGCCUGGACACUUUUCUACACGUUCGUCUCGUUCGUGCCGAAGCUCAGUUGGGCCUACUGCGACAACGAUUUCAACACGAACGAUUGUUAUAGUGGCCUGCAAGGGAUCCAAUGUCAAACGAAUGAUCCGGAAACGAUAUUUUACAACAAGACUUGCGUAUCGGCCAGGCUUAUCUGCAACAACUUUGGUUUCGAGGAUGGCAACGUCACGCAUUGUUUCGAUACGAACAGAUUGGAACUUCUUCAACACCUUUAUACUCGCAUCCUUUCUUCGGAGGAAUAUUUCAACGACCGUGUAUUGGGUCUACGAGGUGCCACGUGGGAACAUUUUGGAGGCAUAAGAUGGGAAUUGUUAGGAUGUCUCACCCUCGCUUGGAUAGUCUGUUACCUAUGCCUGAUGCGCGGUGUCCAGUCCAUUGGGAAGGUCGUCUACUUUACCGCACUUUUCCCUUACGUCAUGCUUACAGCGCUGCUGAUACGAGGUGUUACACUGGACGGUGCUGGUGACGGUUCACUUUGGUUUAUUACGCCAAAAUGGUCAACGCUGGAAUCAACUAGCGUAUGGGCAGAUGCUGCAUCCCAAGUUUUCUAUUCCCUUGGUAUUGGUUGUGGAUCUUUGAUCACUCUUUCGAGCUACAGUAAUUUCAAUAACAAUUGCCACAGAGACGCGGUUGUCGUGACGUUUACGAAUCUUGCAACGUCGAUCUUCGCCGGAUUCGUAAUUUUCUCCAUUAUGGGAUUUCUUGCCCGUCAAAUGGGCAUGCCGAUCGACGACGUGAUCAAAAGCGGGGCAGGGCUGGCUUUCAUCGCGUACCCAGAAGCCGUGGCACGGAUGCCGUUGCCCAAUCUCUGGGCAGUGUUGUUUUUCGUCAUGCUGUUCAUCCUAGGCAUCGGUAGCCAAUUCGCAGGCGUGCAGGCGAUAAACACCGCCAUAUUGGACCUGCGACCAGAUUUACGAAAACACGAGAGCUACGUGGUAUUAGGGAUAUGCGUCACUUGCUGGCUCCUUGCUAUACCGAUGGUGUUCGAUGGUGGUAUUUACCUGUUCACGCUGAUGGACUGGAACACCGCUUCUUGGGCAAUACUAUUGAUCGGCAUUGCCGAGGUCGGCGUGGUAGGCUGGUGUUACGGGUGCAACAAAUUCCUGCGUAACAUAGCUGAAAUGCAAAUGCGGUUCAGCCUUUUGCUCCGCAGAUAUUGGUGGCUCAGUUGGGUUGUGCUCGCGCCUAUCACUUGUCUGGUGGUGUUCGUGUAUCAAAUAUGUACGUACGAGAUGCCUCGUUAUGGCGAGUACAUAUUCCCUGGCUGGGCGAAUGCGAUCGGAAUACUGAUCGGCCUGUCGACCCUCGCCCCGUUGCCGUUCUUUUUCAUCCGUCGCCUCUGGAAAGGUCCGAGGGACUGGAGUUUGUUUCGUCCAAAGAAGACGUGGGGACCAGCGGUGGAGAAAGCUGCAGGUAACGGUAAUUCGUCCAUGGCGACCAUCAAGAUCUUGCAACCGUAUAGAAACGAACCGCAAGAGGAUUACAUUUAACGAUUUUAACGAAUUCAUCUUACUUUUUAGACGAUUCUAGUCACGUUAACGCGAAUGUUAAUCACCCGAUCCAAGCGUUCGAGAACGCUCUCUUCAGUUUUUUUUUCUGUUAGGAAAGUUUUACAAAUAGAGCGCGGAUUUUUAUGCAUUUCUGUGAAACUUGAAGAUGCAAAAAUACACAGAACGCAUGUAACUUCCGAAAGCUUGUGAUUAAUAAUAAUAAUUUCCAAAAAUAUCUAAAAUAUAGAACUUUCGAAAUAUUCGAGCCAUGCACAGGUCGAAGUAGCUAAUUCCACUCUUUGAAAUUUUGGAAAUUUUAGCGAAGAUUCGAUCGCAGCUUAUCCGAUACAAUCUCAUCAAUUUUCUCUGCUCUUUGUUUCGUGGAAUUUCAUUUUUUCAUUUUUAGGCAAGUUGCCUUUUCUUAAUUGUAUUCGUAGGAAUAUCAAUUCGCAUAAAUCUCCGCUGUCUGUUCGUCAACGAUCUUUGUUGUAUUCUCUUUCAUUCGCUUUUGUCCGAUGCGAAACGAAUCAAGAGCUUUCAUCAGAUAAAAGUCAGACUGGAAGUUUCAAGGAACCCGGCAGAUUUUUCGGGCGAGAACGAAGAGCUGCGAUAUAUUAACACUUGAGCCGAUUUCAUAUUUUCCAAUACUCGCUGUAAAACUUGCGAACUCCGUUUUCGUUGAAACUUUUAAAUUAACGCCAGCGAACAGCCACGGUGGUAGCAUCAACUACAACGAGGUGCGUGUGUCAUAGCAUUUCGCUGGCUGUUUCAAAGCAACGUUUUAAUUUCUAUGUCCAUGUGAACACGCUAACGCGUGCGAACGAUAUUAAUGAAUUUGCAAUUUUUACCUGAAAAGAACUCAUCGGUUCGUUUUGAUGUUUCGUUCUUUGCAUUUCAAACAGGGAAUGUAUCGGCAAUUCCACUGGAAUAGCGAGCGUGUGCAAAAUUCGAUAUGCGUUCCGAUGUCAACUUAUUUUUUCCAGAAUCCGUAAUUAUUCCAUAAUUGGAAUGUGCCAUCUAAUUGGUCUCGAUUUAAUAACGUUGUAUAUGAUGGACGAUGUUAAAAAUACGGUACUUGGAUUUAUAAUGCCUCAAUAAAUAUCAACUUGUUCUCUAUACUGAAAAUUUUAUAGUCUCUCUAUGUUGUUAUAUCUUACAAUUUGGAUGAAAAAUUCUGACGAACCUUUUUGUAUGAUACAUGGUCGACAAGUUACUGAUAGAACGUUCAAUCUUAGACAUAUUAAUGACGUCCCUCUUGUUAGAUUUAAUAGUGGCUUAUAUUUCCUACACUACGAGACGCUACAAUGCGGAAGACAUUAGUUAAGUUAAGGCAUUUAAAGCAGAGAAGAUCAUUUCAAUUGAGAGACAUAUUCAUAUACGUAUAUAUAUAUACUUAUAUUUAUAUACAAUAUAUACAAAUAUUUGCCAGGGAAUAUUGCAGAAAUAACGAAUGUUGUGAAAAUUCAAAGAAUUCGCAAAAUGUAACAAAAUUAUUUCCAUAUAGGGUUUAGCGAUAACUUGCCAAUUUGGCAAAAAUGAUAGUUAUUUGUUACUUAUUUUUAAUUUAUUCUAAAGUUACGCCAAAAGGAUUGUUGGUAACAAAUACGUUACGCAGCGAAACGACAGAGAUGAUUUGUGAGACUUCCAUAGGAAUAUAAUACAGAAAUGAAAAUGCCGUUGCAUCUGCGAUACACAUAUCGCGGUCAUAUUGAAUAGAAUUCAUACAUAGAAUCGACUAACCGAUUGUCGUUCCUGCAAAUCUUUUUACAAAAUGAAAUUAAACAAAUGUUUCCUCUAUACGAACGAAACAGUUAUCGAUCCAAGGUUUCUCCAAUAAUUUACAGGAAGGGUUGAACAAAAUUUGGAUAUACAAAUUCUACGUGCCAGAAUAAUUGAUAAUCGAUUAUUUCGUUUUUCCAAUCUACGGUUCUAAUUCGCAUUCUUUGGAAAACUAAAGCAGAGAAAAGAUUGAUUUUAAUUUAUACUUAUUUGUUAUUUGGCUGUGAAACGAGUAAUUGAGUAAACGAGCGUAAUAACAGACACGCAAAGAGGAAAGAAAUCUGGCCAGUAACGUUACGAAUCUAAGAAUGGCAGACUUCGAAUACAAAAUUCCACCUUACCUUCUCCGUUUUGAUCUCUUUUCCAAUAAUGAGAAUAAACUUAUAUCCUUAUAGCACUGCAGUAUCGCAAAUCGUUGAUACGUACUAUAAGCAGUAGAUCAGAAUAAAUAACUACGCUGUUUAUAUAAAUCAGGGCGCGUGUGCAUUAAGCGUUUAAUUUACGAGACAAAUGGCCAGCUCGAAAAACACAAGAACGCGACAAUUCUGGAAAAUCGAAGCAGAAACGAAAUAGAUCGUGAGUAGAACCGUGAAGAAGUCGAGAAACAUAUUUCCUUAUCUUCGUCUCAUCUAUUUGUACCUGGAUAUAUUCUGUACAAUCAUUCACGUAUAAUUGUAGCAUUUCCAGUAUAAUUAUCGAAGAUAUUUAUGAAAUACUUACAGUUUACAACAUCUUUUCUAAAAUUAUCACCACGAUAUCGACCGACCAAAUAUAAAAUUAUCAAUCUUAGCUUAUGUACUGUAUCAAAAUCGCAAUCUUCUAGCCUCUUUUUCGCUAUACGAGAUACUUUGAAAAUUUACUUGUUUAGUCCCUGAUACUCUAGUGAACGGAAUACGAGGUCGACUUCAAUUCGAUGAUUCGGCUCGUGUAAUCGAAGCGGCGAAGUUACUCUAUACCGUAUACAACUAUACGCGGUCUUGUAAUAAAGCACGGUCUGCUACAUCGGUUGCAUCCGAGCGUGUGCGGUAGUGUGGUGCACGAAGGGACGACGUACAAUAGUGGUGUCGCGUUAUGAUCACCGGUCACGCCGGUGGAAAAGUGGCGAAUGUCGCUCGCAUUCGUCCCGUGUUCCCUCCUAAUUAAUGCGAUGGAACAUCUCCGGUACAAGGAAUUCCGUGUCCUCCGCGCGGCGUGGCAAUAUCGUGUGGCCGUCUCGACCGCUUGUACUCCGUCUUAUGGGGAAUGUCGGGACGGCGAGAGUGUGCGGCUUGCAACGGUGCGUUAAUGAGAAUUUCGCUCGAUCACCGCCUCGAUUCACAACGCGUGCCUCACCGGUUCAACCCCGCAGCAACGGCGACUUUUUGCCCACGAAUAUGAACCCGUAAAAUUGCCUCUCGAUCCCUGAAUUAUCCUUCCCAUGAAUUUUUAUAAGCCCGGCGCGUUUCGUCGGCUGCGCGUUUCACAGGAUCCGUAGACGCUUCGUAUAUGCUAGACGGGGGGCUAUUUGGGAGACAAAUUUCGAAGGGAUCGAUUCUGUUAGAAGAAAUCUGUUCCUUCGUUCGUUCGAGUAAGAAAAGUAAUGGCAUUUUUAUAAAUUUAUGGGGAAUUUAGCGACGAACAAAUGCGCAGGAUAUACGUAAAAAAAUAUGUGAAAUAUCUAAAAUAUCCAAUAUUAUGUUUCCUUGGCUGUCUAUUAUUCGAAAAAGAUAUUACUAGUAUUCAGGUAAUUCCUGCAAUAAAAGAUAUCCGAGGUACUAAUCCGAUCGAGGCUGCGUUCAUUUUAUACGCGUUACAUUAAGUACUAUGGAACUAGUGAUAAGCAUUAUAUAAAUCGAUCGUCUUAUCUAAGAAGAAGAAACGGAAAUAUGAAAUUGACAGUAGACCGAUACGUAUCUUUAUUUCUACUUAAGCUGUACAUAAUUAUAAUAAUCUUAAAUAAACAUUGUAUAUAUUAGCUUAUAUUUAGUGAAUUAUAAUCAUCGACUAUAUAAUAAUAUAAUUGGGAAAUUGCUAUCUAUUACACUCAUCAUGCACAAUCACUUUUCUAUCGGUACAAUAAGUACCUGCCAAUUUCAGUAAUAACCGAAAAUGAACAAUCGGAAUUGACAGUUUAUUGUUAAUGUAUUAAUGUCAAUCAGUCAAAAGCAUUUCUAAUUUGACAUAUUAAUUAAUAUUUUAGCGUUAUUGCGGUAUACCUGUCUGUCCUAGAUGUUCUCUCGUAUCAAUAAUAGGUAUAAUAUAUGAUAAAUCGCAAAUUAAAUUGUUUAUUUAUAAACGAACAUUUACCUUCAUCUUAAAA